AUGUACGAACGGCAAAGGGUGUGGCGUGCCUGUCAAGCAUGUCGUCGCAAGAAGGUCAAAUGCGAUGGAGAACAUCCCUGCCAAAGCUGUACCCGGAACCGAUCCGAGUGCGUCUUCGAGCAAUAUAACAACAUGAAGCUAGUGGAUCCACAAUAUGUCAAGAAACUUGAAAAUCGACUCUCACAGAUGGAGAAAGAGUUGAAACAGCGCCAGUCCGAUCAAGAUAAGAGGAUUCCCAUCGAUUUAUCUGCACAGGUUCCAGAUAUUCCAAAUCCAGACAUUGAAUAUCAGGAGUAUUGUCAGCCGGUUCCCGAGGGCGCUGUAUCCGACCCAACGGAUGAGUUCCUAGCGCCUUCUAUCGAUGCAAUCACGCCAGGACCAGGAUUGCGACGAGCGGAUAUAGCUCAGGUGACCGGUAAUUAUAGCGCUGAUGCACCGAAUGUACCAGUAUUCGAAAAUCAUAACCCUCAGCAUGGAAGCGAGGUUGCAAUACCUCCAGAGCCCAGUACAAUUGACGUCACACGAAUGGAAGAGCCCAUGAUGGAAGCCCUGAUUGAUGUUUAUUAUGACUCAAUCUACCCAAUAUUCCCCAUCAUCCAUCACAGGAAUUUAAGGUUGCAAUAUGACAUUUGGCUAUCUGCUCGCAACAAUGGCAGACGCGAAGAUGACAGUGACUUCUCCGCUUUACUGUAUGCAUUGCUCGCCGUAGCUGCGUCAGUGAUCCCUAGCCAACAUGCUAUUUUCAACCAGCAGGGAUUGCACGUCUAUAGAGAUGUUGGGUUGGGAGAAUUACUUCACUCACAUGCAACCUCCAUUGCUACUGGACGAUCAUACCGAGUCAAUGCCAGAUUUCCAAUGAACAUCGUCAUCGCUCAAGGCCUCCUCAGCCUCUAUCUCACAGAAGACGGCAGAGUCAACGAUGCAUGGGUCACAACGGGUCAUGCGAUCCGGCUGUACCAGGGAUUGGAAUUAGACGAGGUCGGGGAUGCAUCGGCUACAAAUACAUGGCACGAGCCUAAAAAGCUUUGGUGGUGUUUGUAUAUUUUAGAUCGUUCGCUGUCCACGGCACUUUCGAAACCUUUGGCUAUCGAUGAUGCAGACAGCGAUAUUGAAUCAUACGCCGAGGAAGAUGAGCCACCGUCAUUCCACGCAAAGACAGAUCCCUGGUUCUCGGUGAUUGCAGACUUCCAUGUCACAAUGGGUCGAAUAUACCGAUCGGUCCGACGGAUUCGCAAGGCCCACCCGUCUCAAAAUGCCAAAUUGAGAGACACGCUCCGGUCGCAUGUGAAAAGACAUGACGCAGAGCUUGAGAGGUACUAUCGAAAGCAGGUAUUGCCCAAUAUCAAAGAAUCCAACCAUCAAAUUGGUCCUCUCGCGCUGCAAACAAUUGCCAUCUCAUCCUACUACAUCGGAGUGGUUCUCCUAUAUAGAACAUUCAUCGAGCGAUUGAAUAUAGCAGAGCCCGCAGCGUUUCUUCGAUGUGCCGAGGCUGCUUCCAAUUGCAUAAAAGCCACGCCUCACGUCAUGGCAACCGUUCCUGCGAGUCAUUUCGUUAUCCAACAGAGCCGUGCAAUAUACGCAAGUGCCAAGGUUCUGUUGCAUUGCAUGCGUCUCGCCCGCAACCCGACCUUCACCAACAAAGCCUGGUCAGAUGUUGAGAGCGGCUUUAACAUGUUGAGGAAUCUCAAGAUACAGUGGCCGGAGAUCAAAAAGUAUCAGACGCUCACUGAGGAAGACAUGCGAUUUACGCAGAGUGACCUUGCUAAACAUGACCUUUUCUACCACACGUUCAGCCGAUAUGGCGAAACAUCGCCUGUGUCCAUUACCAGUCUCGUUUUCGAUGAAAUUGAUCAAGGAAGCUCCGGUCUGGACAUGACCGUUCAUCAGGAAGCGGCCAGAGCCCGAGAGGAGUCAGAAUCGAUCUUCACUCGGGGCAGUGAGUCUUCUGAGCGACAAUCCAAACGGCGAAAACUGACCCCCGACUCCUUUUUCCCAUGUGACCCUACAGCUAUAUUGCAUUUGCUACCGUCCUCUGAAGAGCCCCAUGAUAAUGAAGAACACAGCAUGGGUAUAGACGAGGAUCUUUCUGACCCACAAGCACUCUUUCUGGGGGACUUAUCUACAGACCCUUUUGAUGAUUCGAUGCUACUCAGCUCGAUUGAGCAAUUUCUGUCUUAUCCCAGUGAAUAA